CACUACAGCAAAGGAACAAGUCAUCAAUCUCUCCGUGUCACAAACCCUUCCCUAAAGAGCAUUCCAAUAUCAGUGUUGUGUAGAAGAAUGUCAGGCUCCGAAUACUCUGUCAUUAAGAGCUCUCCUUAUUUUCUAUCCACGUUGUCUUCCAAGUCUGUUCCAGAAAAUGAAGAUGUCACACUCUCCUGUAAGCUAUCUGGCAACCCCAAGCCACAAGUCACCUGGUUUAGAAAUGGGCAAAAUGUCAGUGAACAGAAGGAUAUUUCUGACUGUGAAAUACUGGAGGAUAACCUGAUUCAUGCCUUACAUCUGUUUAGGUGCACAGAACAACAUGCUGGAGUUUACCGAAUUGUGGCUACAAACUGUUUUGGAACUGUCCAGUCUUCAGCAUUUCUUAAGGUGGCCUCUAGUGAAAAAUCUGAACCAUAUCAAAAAUCACUCUAUAGCCCUGACAAUAAUGUAGGAACUUGUCAUGCAGAUGAAGUUGCUGCAUGCCAGUGGGAAUAUCCAAAUCAGAAUAAAGAAGCUAUUACAGAAGAAAGUUACUCAACCCAUGAGUGUGAUGUCUCCUUAGGUUCAUUGGAACCUCCUACAGUAGAAGUCAGUUUGUCUACCGAGCAAACCUUAGGAACAAAGUUUUCCCACUCAGUGGAAUGUGAAACUUGCCCCCCAGUGGAGAAUCAUCACCAAAAUGCUGUUUUUUUGGGAGACAAUAAGGAAGUUAAAAAUGUACCCAAUCCAGAGGAAGAUGGUGGCAUUUGGGACAUGUCCAAAACUGCUUCUGAUCUCUUUAUUUAUGACAGCAUUGAAAUAUCUAGGGACACUACUGGAGGAGAAGUAGACAAUUCCAACAGUUCACAAGUGGAUUCCAAGCCAGCAAGUCAAAGAACAGAUCACACAGGCAGCUGUUGCCUUAAUGCUGAAGUCUUAGCUGCUUGUCAGACAACUGAAUAUGCCAAGACACAUGAAGAGAGUGGCCUCAGUACUUCUUUGAAAAAGGGCGCACUCUCCGAGAAUCAUGCAUACGCACCUCUAGAAAAUCUGACCUGCUUUCCAAAGGAUUGCUGUAAAAAUGUUGACCAUAACUUUGAGCUUCGCCUGGACAGAAACUUUAUUACAGCCAAUGAGUUUUUUGAGGAUGAUCACUUUGAACGCCUCGAAUCUUCCGAUGUGAUGACAGAAGAGGCUUAUCGAAACUUGGAAAAGAAGCUGAAAUUCCUGCUAGAAAGCGAUGAUGAAGAUGAGUUAAAUCUGGGUAGUGAUUGUGAUGGGUGUACUUACUUCCUCUGUGAAAUGCCUUGCCUGUUUCAGGUGUCAGAUAACACUGUGCCUAUGGAUGCUACCAUUGGCUUCUGCGGUCAUCAGUCAAAAUCCAAAGAAGUAGCUGUCAGAAGCGACCUCUCUGCAUACAGUCCAUCAACCUUGCAAACAGGAAUGACUCUCACUGUUAAGCAACAGCAAAAUAAAACUUCCAUCAUGAAAGACAAAGAGAAGUACAAGCUGCCUGUGGCUUCCAUAGCAAUUGAAAAUGAUUAUCCCAGAAUUGAAGAAGAAAAUGGUAGUAACAAUCAUUCGGCUGCGGAUUUUCCUGUUGUCCAAACACAAGGCAUCGGAAAUGGGCUUUCAGCGUCCUCCUCUUGUGACUUAGGUGGGACCUCAGCAACAACAGAAAAACGAGGUGUAGGCAGAGGCAUCCCCCGGAAAUGUUCACAACAGUUAACAAAGAGCUUCACGCCUCUGAAACCCACACAGUUCAAACAGAAAAACGCUACUUGGAUUCUGCUGAACUACUUCAUGGACAAGGAGGCAGCGUUUCAAGCCAAGCAUGCCAGGAUACAGCAAAUGGUUCUAACAACCAGACUGGUUUAUUACAUGGCAAAGGAAGAGAGGAAAACGGCCCAUGGGAAGGCAAGUGGAUUAGUGAUGGCCUAUCUUGGGGAGACCAAAUGCCAAAUGAAAAUGCCACGCUUAUGGCAGAAAAAAAAGAAACUGAAAUUGAAAGCAUACCACCAAUCAGUGAUGAACUAAAACUAUUUAUAACUGAACCUGAGUUAGAGGAGAGAUUUGUUUUGACAUCUUCUCUGGCAAAAAGUGUAUCUAUGGGUG